AUGGAUGAUUCCUCUCAUGGUAUAGUUCUUUUGCAGAUAGUUUCAGGUCUUGUCCUUAGUCCACCAAUAUCUCGUCAUCGGUUACACGAAUUUAUAAGAGGUAAACCUGUUCGUUUCGGAUACAAGGACUGGAUGUUGUGUAGCUCGGAUGGAUUUUGUUAUUCAUUCGAUACCUAUUGUGGAGCUAAACCGUCAUCUGUUCAAGCACCAACUAAAAUUAAAACUUCGCUUCCACUAGGUUCACGAGUGGUCCUUGUUUUUGCGAAAAUAAUUGAUGCCCCAAGUGAUCAUGUCCUAUUUUUCGACAAUUAUUUUGCAAGCCAUGAUCUUUUAAAUGCACUUAGAAAGAUUGGAAUACGAGCUACUGGAACUGUACAUGACAAUCGUACAAAGAAAUGUCCUCUUGUACCCGUCAAGACAAUAAAAAAAAAGAGAAGACCAUGGAAUGAUAAUAGUGCAGUAACGAUGGCUACAAACUAUGAUUCAGUCGAACCUUUAGCACAAAUAAAGAGAUGGUCUUCGAAAAGGAAGGAGAAAAUGCCAGUGCCUCAACCGCAACUUUUUAAAAACUACAACUACCGCAUGGGCGGUGUUGAUCUGUUGGACCAAGGAGUCAAUAAUUACAGAAUUGCAAUCCACGGUUAA